UUAUAGUAGUGAAUUCACACUGCCAUGGUUAGCAAUGUCAGCUUUUCAAUUAAAAUAGUCUCUUCCUCCUCAUCCUCCUCUGCCUAUCUUUUCUCAAAGGGCUGAAAUUUGGACUUAAAAAUGAACUUAAGGUAGAAGGAGUGACAGCCUAAUCCAUGUCACUAAACCCAUGGCUUACCAUUUUAGCACAUUUCUGACAAGUAGCUUUAGAGUAUUUUUAAGUAAAGGCCCAGCUUCAUGCCUUCAUCCUCUAUCCAAAACUUGAGUGUGUAUGCAGAGUAUGUAACACUCAUUACCAUUACCUUUGUGGCUUGAGCUUCUUAAUAAAUGAGCUUUUAAUAAUCUCCUCAUUUCAAGGAGCCACUGCUUUUAAAACUGUGCAUCCAGCAGACAGCUUGGACUGAAAGAUGUGUGUUGCUACAGCUUCACUUCAAAAUUCUGUUUCAAAACAGGGAUGUCAUGCACGAAGCAUGUUUCUCAGAAGCGCUGUUGGUGCUGAGCCACGCAGUGUAAAGGAUCUGAGAACACUCCACCUGGGAGCUCUGAGAAAAGGUGGGGGACCCGCUGCAGGCUCGCCAUGAAGGCAUCCGCCAUACGUUUUUGCUGGGACGUGCCAGGAGGGUUCCAUGGAAACCGCAGGCAGCUAAAACCCCGCGGUGUGUUUGCCGAACAGGGCAGAGCACAGCGGUGAUGACACCGACGCUGCCCGUCACUCGGACACCGAGUCCCUGUCCCCAGCCUGUGCCCCGCGUCCCCUCCCCGCCCCGCGUUAAGGUUCUGUGUUUGCCUUUGUCCGUGUGCGGGCGGGCGGCUGUCCCCCGGGCACACGCCGGACACACCUCGGGGACAGCGCGGGGCACAGGGCCGGGGGUCGGCCCGGCCCCGGCCCGCCCGCCCGCUCAAGCCCUGGCGCCGGAGCGCGGCCCCGCCGGGCACGGGGCGCGAGGGACGGCCACCCCCUCCCGGCCCCGACGGUCACUUACGUUGGGGGCGGGUGCCGCCGGGAGCGCUGCCGGCCGCGGGGACGGACCCCGGCCCGCCUCCGACAGGGGUGCCGGCCGGGAGGGGGGCGGCCUCCCGUUCGGUGUCGGAAGGGUGAAUAUUUGCCGGAAACCCGGGCGUUUAUUCCACUUGGCAGAAGCGCAGGGGUUCGGGGAGGGGGCAUGGGUGCGACGGGCGGCACGCGGGUGCCCGGGGAAGGGGGCGAAGAGCGGGGCCCGAUGUGCCCGCUCGCCGCUCGACUGUCGGAUCCGCUACCCGGCGGCUGCCGCCGUGAGUCACCCCCGGCCGCGGCAGCGUCAGCCUCGCCGCGGCGUUGGCAGCCAGACGAGCCGCGGCGCGGAGCCGCCGCUGUCCUCGGAUGAACCCGGCGGGGCUGCCAGCGCCAGCCGAGUGCGCGCGAGGCGAGAGCCGAGGCUGUGCCGGCGCGGCGGCGUGCGACACCCCUGCGGCGGGGAUGGCGGAGACGGGGCGGGGGGCGGGAGCGGGGGGGGGCAGCCCCUCGGCGGCCGGGCCGGAGAGAAAUACAGAUGCAAAAUAAGGACGUGGGUAAAUGAGAGAAGAUAAGGUAUUGAUCCUGCAAGAAGAACAUCCUGUCUUCAAAAUGGCCAGAUUCCAAUCUCGGAUGUGCUGAAAACAGCGUGAUGUACCUCUAAGAAUGAUCUGCUCUGCUUGCAAACACAGUGACCAGCAUUUGGAGCCAUGCCUUGACAUUCUCUAUGUAGUUGGAAGAAGAACCUGUCCAGGCCAAUCUUUGGGUCCAAUCCAGCUGGCAGACAUUUUAUAGCACAGCAAAUUUUUGUAGAGUUACUCCUGGUUUGCUUUGUUUUCAGCAUCUCAACAGAUCCAUGGGAAGAGAUCUGCUGAUACUACAAAGGCAGAGUCUGCACUUGGCUUGAUUGGUUUCUUCCAUAUAAGUAGUAGGGAAGAUGAGGAGCAUAUUGUCAAUAAAACACAGACAUUAUUUACAAUUCAACUUCUAAAAGCUGCCAUAAAGUAGUGAAUAGCAAUGAGUAAGUCCAAAGCCAUUCUACUCUGUUUUGGUUACUACUUUAUGCUCCCAGAGCUCAUAUGUUCAAAGGGACAAAGCAGAGACGCCCAGAGGAGAGGAAGUCUCAUUCUAAAAAGCCAUAAAAAGAAAUGCAUGGCCGCAGAUCAGGGGAUAAUUUUAUGUCUCACAUGUUUUCUGACCCUAUGAAGAGAAGCUUUAAAUUGUUGCUCUCCUUCUUGAUUUUAGAAGAGACUGAAGCAGACACCAUAGUUUACAAAAUAGCAGGUGGCCAUGAAUCCUGAAAAAGUAGAUUCAUAACAAAAUCUUGGUCACUGAGGCCAGAAGGACCCUACCCUUCUGUCUGUGGCAGGAUUGAUCUAAUUAUUCUAUAACUGUUCCUGCAGAUGGGUGUCUGGCCUUGAAUAACUCCAACAACAGUGAUUGUCCAACGGCUCUUGGCAGCUUGUCCAACUGCCGAACAGUUCUUCCACAGUUUUGCCUAAUAUUUAACCUAAAACUUCCCUUCUGCUUCAGCCAAUUACUAUUUGUCCCAUCUUUGUUGACUAAUGAGAAUAAUUGAUCCUUGUCCUCUUUAUAACAUUCCUUUAUGUCUCCCAUUAUCAUUUUCCCCACACUCUACUUUUGCCUUUUGGCUAAAGACGCCAAGUUAUCUUAACCUUUCCUCUUACAUCUGAAUGCCAGACUUCUUACCAUCUUUCUUCAACUCUAAAUUCUUCAAUUUGUCCACAUUUUUUCAUACAGAAUUGAAUGCAGUUACUCCAGUUAUGCUGUAACCAGUGCCAAGCAGAGCGCAAUAAUUACUUCAGUAACCUUACUGACCCCAUCUAAUAACAAAGGCAAAAUGCAGCAUGUAAUUAAAAUCUAAAAAAAUAACUAUUUUUAAAAGCUAAUUGCCUUAACAAUCAGAACAUUCUACAGCUCAGAGAACAGACACUAAAGAAUUUAAAGGUUAUUGUUCAUUCAAAAAACAUCUUUUUCAAUUAUAUUCCCAAUAUUACAUUUUGAGCUAUGUUCAGUUUUACUCCUAUUAGGAAUGGUCUGCACUGCAUGCCCCACACUUCCUCACUGUCUUUUUAUUUCCUGAAGAUUUAACUCCUAGAAGCUCCAUGGGGUCCUGUCUAUAGUAGGGAUGUUCACUAAGGAUUUCCAACUGUUUUGAGACCUUCUCCAGCUCCACCAGUAUGGCACAGCAGAGAACUUCCACUCAUGCUUUUGAUCUUUUAGGCUAUUACUAUGUCUUCCAGCUUCACUAAUGUCAGUGGAGCAGAGCCAACAGUGAGGCAUUUUUAGAAAGCUUCCUUUACAAGGACAAAAUAUUCAUCUCCUUUGCCAAGUCCAUGGUGCCCUACCUUGAAUCCCCUUCUCUCUGUGGUCUGGCUGGUUUUCUUUUAAAGGGCCUUCUGUCCUCUUCACAUCAUCAGCAUCAUACAUGCCCAUCACAAUCUGUAACUGCACGUACUCCUGCCUUUCAAUGGGCACCUCUUCAGGAAUAGAAAUCCUUGUUUCAACCAACACAAAUGAUUCAACAUUACUAUCAGUCUGCUGACAACAGCCAUUCUUGGAAAAUGGUUACAUGUAUUUCUAGAGUCCCUGAAAAUAAACAAAUUUGGCUCCAUUAAUAGGAAUGGCAAAUUCAGGCUGCAAACUCGCUUGACUGAGCCAAUGCAUUUAAUUAAAUUGGUUUGCUAUUAUGCUGAUAAGCAGAGAUAUGACUGUUGUUAGUAGACGUAAUAGUUUCUAUUCUUGUUGGCGCAUAGCACCUUAAUUAAAUUACAAUUGUUCUGUUGGAAAACAUGUCUGUGAACACCUCCAGACAGACAACACAGGGAAAUAUUCCUAACAAUAUAAAAAUCAGGAGUGUGAUUCUGCAUGGUAGAUAGGACAAAAAGGCUUAAGAUUGCAGUAGGGAAGAUUCAGAUUUGACUUAAGAAAAACCCAACUGUGAAUCAUUGGAAUAUAUCAUCUGGGCAUUGGAAUAGAUCAUCUUGAUUUUCCUGUCCUGUGUUAUCUUCUAGCACUAGUUAAAUGAACAGCUGACAGGAAGGACCCAGGCAUAAUUGGUCCUACUCUGUUACACACAGAUGAUUGAGGUUCUUUUGAGGAUCUUUUCGGCUCUGUUUUUCUAUGGUUGUAUUUCACUUUAAAUUUCUAAAAAAUGAAGUAAACUCCUGAUCUCACUUACACAAAUCCGAGCCUCUCAUAUUCUAUAAAAUCUGUACAUUUACAAAUGAAGUCAGAAUUUGGCUUCAAAUAAUAACACAUUGUAAUAUGCCAGCAAUUCCUCCGUAAUGUGAAAAAGAGCAAAGUACCUUGUCGUAUAGAUCCCUUAACCAGUACAUACAAGGAAAAAUAAUCACUGCUUUUUAUAGCUAGACCUCAUCCAAGCACUUUUGUAAGACUCUCUCAUAUAGCUACGUAAAGUAACACAUCCACACAUUUCCACCUGGAGAAGAGAUAGCUUUGGAGGUCUGCAUAAAAUCAAACAGAAAUACCACCUGCAAAUGUAUAGUGUACAACCAGGCAUUGGUUGGAGUCCAGGCAAACAAGAGCCUAAAAGACUUAUGUUUGCAUGGUUCUUUGGUAUUUAGGUAUUUUCUUCCUUCUUUGUUUAUUACAGUGUUCUGGAUAGAGAUUAAAUUUAACAGCUCAGUAUUUGGUUUUUUUCCACUUAACCUUGAAAUAAGAUUUGCACACAUUUUUGUAGCUAGAUUAAAAACUGCCAAGUGGUCUUUCAAAAAAUCCUCAGUGCUUUCAAAGGAGUUUUCCAUGGCCUCUUACACACAAGUGCAUCCCUGGACUCACAUCAGGAACUGAUCCCAUCCCAUACAAAUAAAGCUUUACCCUCUUUGUCCAGCAGAAAAAGCACUUCCUCUUAUAACAUGCCAGGACACAAAAUCCCCAUUGUAUUCCACUGGCAAAUUCUGCAAUAAGACUCCAUUUAAAGCCUAUUUAGGUUGGUUAAAGGCUUGCCAUCAACUCAGUGAGGUUUGGGACAGGCCCUUAACAUAGGGGUCUUAAGGACAGGAAAGCCUCCCUAUACACUACAGCUCUUAGGGAAAUCACUGAGGUCAGCAGAGGCUGAUGGACUUCAGCAGAUCACUGAGGUCAGCAGAUGCUCAGUGGGAAAAGAAUUUUGUGCUGAUCCAAAGCUACCAGAGAAAUAAGAAGGUGGGAAGACCAAAGAGAGUGAGUCCUCUCCACAUGUCAUUCACCUGCAGGCUGCUAGGUCUGCAGUGGCUGGAAAAGCCAACCAGAAAUGUUCUUUGGAAGUGAUUAAUAAAGUCAGCACUCCCACGUUGUGUAGAAAUGACUGCAUGAUGUGGUUUUUAUUUUUAAAAUAAAUUUAAGAUUCCAUCCCCUAAUUCACACAAAAGCUAACAAAAUAAGGUGGUUUUUUAAUGGGGUACAAAUCAAUAUUAUAAAAAUAAGUAAAUAUUUUCCUUGGCAAGAAAAUAUUAAAUACCUCAUCCUUGUAACAUGCUAAUUUUGUAUUUACACAGCAUAAAGUGUCCCACAUUACCAUAAUAUGUUAGUAGCAUGAAAAUUUUUUAUCUGCCAUAUCUUAAACAAAGCUUGAGUUACUGUCUGCAGUGCCCUUAAGCUAAAUGUCGUAGUCUUCACAAGAUUGAAACAAAACACAGAGAGCAGUGAGCAGUAACCACAUUAAGGUUUAAUGCUUAUAAACACAGAAGGUUUAACACUUGGCAAGCCAAAAUUCCCCUAUGACCUGAAGACAUGCAGAUCAUGACCUGAGAAUUAAGUGCUGUGUUAAGCAGUCAAGCUGUCUCCCUAAAGAAAAGACAAAAAUAGCCGAAGACUAGCUGAGCCAUUGGGUUGGCAUAUGUCAGGUGAAACCAGGCCCAAAUGAGAGUUGACCUGUAGCCAUGUGGGCCAAGCCUGACCCAGCCCAGCCUUUCUAGGCAGGGCUUCCUAAGAAGAAGGAUUUUCAGAGGUGCUCAACACCCAUUGUCCCCACUGACCCCCAGGGAAGAGGAGCAUUUAAACUGUCAUGCAACCAAUCUCAACAAGAAGCUUCUGGUAUUAGCUGGAGGGAGAGAGACAAAGUGAAAUUACUUUCCCCUGUGUUUUUCUAACCAUGAAGGUGCCCCCUUGCUUGCCCUGUCUCCCUUCAAGGGUUUCUCUUAAAAGCAAGUGCCACAGUCUUGGAAAGCUUGGGGACAGAGAAAGAAAGAGAAGGAAGCAGGGAAAGUAAAACGUGAAACAAAGGUUUUGAACUUAAUGCUUAAAGAUACAUAGGUCAACCUUUGUUUAAAAAAAGAAAAAAAAGGAAGAAAAGGUCUUCAAGGCAGAGAAGUUGAUUUAGAGAGAUGAAGGUCAACAGAGCAACAAACAUCAGAGAUGAAGAGGAGGAAUGCAGCAACAAGAGGGGAGUGUUAAACAGCUGCCAUGGGGAGCUUAAAGGGAUGUUCAGCAUGCUCAAAACACUCUAAUUUUGCCACAGUAAAUCUGCUUGUGCCAAAUUCCCACACAGAAAAAUUUCAGGGACAUAAGAUUGACCUUGCUAUCAUGGUUUUGCUUCUCUUACUUUCUUCACUGUGAGCGGUGUUUAGCUUGUAAAUACGUGAGUGUUCUAUUCUCAAGUAUUUAUUGCAUUCCUUAUGAGAUAUUUUUGAGGGUUGAUCAAUAUGAAGCUUAUCCAUGAAGUUACUAUACAAUUCCUACAGGACAAAAAUUGGACAUUUCUCUGCUUGUUGGUAAAUUGCCAAAUGCUGUUACAAGUAACACUCAAUAGUAAUAAACUUUUAUUUAGGGUCCUAAGGUUCUCAUUACAGAGAGAUGUAUAUAUAUACAUAUAUGUGUGUGUGUGUGUGUGUGUGUGUGUGUGUGUGUGUGUGUUAAAUUAGGCAAUAAAAGAAUCCCAUGCUGCAUAAGACCUAAUCAAAAGGCAAAAUUUCCAAUCUGGACGGAAUCUUGCUAUUUUGACUUUCAUUUCCAUCCCAAAACAGAUCAAGAAAUCAAAAUAUCAAUUAAAUUAAUUGGAGGAGCACAGAUAGCAGAAUAAUCUAGGUUUUGAAAAUCUCUAUAGACAAAAUGCUGUUUCUUCCAAUUGAAAAUAUAAUUGUCCCAGGCUGAAAAGUCCUGGAAUAUGAUCCUCUUCUCACAUGGCUAGAAAUCAAGACUAUUCUGCUAGAAAUCCAUGAAGUUACAUUGGUGGAAACCUUCACAUGGGUAAUAAAAAAUACACAGAAUUACAAGCAUUUGAUAAAGCCAAGCACUUUGGAAAGCUUUACGCUUUCAAGCUUCAGGGCAUAAAGUAACCUAGGAAUCAGGAGGAAAUUUCAUGGCUUAUCCCCAUGGCUGUGAUAGUGGAGACCAGGCAGUCACACUGCCUCACCAGGACUGUGGGGAGCACAUCUGCUCAGCAGAAAUACAGGAACAUCCAUAUUCUCUUCUGUUUAGCAAAUGCUGGGAUUAUGGCACACACUGGACAGGGCUAGCGAAUAGGACUUGUGAAUGGCAGAGUCCAAACUGUCUGCUGGGCUUCACAGGCAGCUGAGAGACAACAGGAGGAGGCAGCAGCUGGCCCUGCAGUGGGAAAUACUGGCUGUCAGAAGCAGCCAGGCAAGAUCUGGCAAUACACUCCCAAAGAAAGUGGAGACAAGCUGUCUGCCCGGCUCUCUGAAUGCAGAAGUUUUGGACCCGUGAGCAUAGAAACUCUCUUCAGACAUUUGACUCCUCUCCAGAGUUCAGGACAUUAGACUUCAGAUAUAUUCAUUGUGAGGGAUACAAGGUGUCACGCCGUUCUGCUACCAAGUGCUCCUUUUACUGAAGACAGCUCAAAACCGCUCUUCCUGUUUGGGCCUUUCCUGUUGUUUUCUUGUUUUGUUUUUUUUUUUUAAAUGAGAUUCUUUCAAAAUGCCAUAGCCCUCAGGCUACAAGGUAAUCUUUAGCCAUCUGCUUAAUUUUUUCUGAGAAGCCUGGUACCAAUCCUUGUUGAAAAGUGUCACUUUGGAGGAAAAAAAUACAUGGAUAUUCCCACACAAAGCUCAUCCUGCAGGGGACCAGGGGACAGUUCAAGCUCUGGGCAAGGCAGAUAUCUUAUCUGUAUCACCACGGAGUCAAUACCAGCAAAAUUGCCAGACGUAAAAAGCAGAAAUUGAAGAAGAAUGCUACUGCCAUGUCUUCUAAGAGUGAGGACCAGUGUGUAACAUUUGUACCACCAGCUCUGAAGUUGGUCCCUGCGUCUGGAGCAGCAAAAUUACAGUGAUGGGAAGCUGUGGUUUCAAAUCUAGUAUACAAUAUUUUAAAUGCCAUAAAGUUUAGAGCCGAGCAUUCAAAUUCAGGAUGCUCAUUUGUCCCAAAUCUAGUCACUUGAACCUCUGAACAUGACUACAGCUGCUGCUUGUAGAGGAUUGUUAGGAAAAGAGAGAAGAGCCUUUGGAGUACCUCAUCUGCAGGCACUCAUUGGUUGUUCAUCAUUUUUUAAAAGUUGAAAUCACCAUCUGUUUGUGUGUAAUAUGGUAGUGCUCUAAGGAUUAUACCACAAGGUAAAAGAAAAGACUUGAGGAAAUUCAUGUUCCAAUUUUAAAUCUGAGACUUUUAGAGGUAUUCUAAGGAGUUGAAACCCAAUUGCAAAAGAAAAAUUGGCUUUUCCAGAGAAACUAUUAUCACAGUCCAAAAAAGAAUGCAGAAUACACUGAAGCAAGAGUUUUACACAUAACUUCAGAACUAAGCUGAAAAAACAGUUGGAUUUUUCCCCAACCAUUUAUAUUUAUUUGGGGGUAAAUCACUUCAAAGACAAAUUCAGUUACCACCUGAGUGAGAGAAUGCAAAGGAAGGGUCAGCCAAAAAUCUUUCUGUAGAGAGACCUGCAUUGUUCAUUCCUGACUCCAACCUCCCACACCAACUCCAUUCUACAGUCUUGUGUAGCCUCCACAGUGAUUUUGUAAAGUCAAGCACAAUGAAAGUGCAACAAAACCAAACUUCAAGUCAUUGAACCCUCACACAAAAUAUGGACAGAUUUUUCCACAUAAUUCUAUCAAAAUUUUUCAAGUCUCAGGCUAGGGCAUUUGCCAUCAGAUCAUUUUUGCUGCCUAGAACAGUAAACAGCAUCCAUUUCAGAAUUAUUGAGAAUAGUGGAAAAUCUGAAAUUAAUGAAAUAACUUGUGAUCAGGGCAAAAAGAAAAAAAAAAAGUCAAACUUCAGAAAUCAGCUGGAUGUAUCCAAAAUUCAAGGCAAAAUUCAAGACAACUGUAUUUACUGGAGAAAAAAAGGAAAGCCUGAUCUAAUCUCUCACCCAAAAUCCAACCACAGUGUCUGGACUCAACAGGGUCAGGUUGUUUUCCCAUAGUAUCAAAACCACAACUAGAAAUAGUCAAAAGAAGGAACUGUCAAAAGAAGCCACUCAUUUCAUUAAGUUUCCAGUACAGCUCUGAUCAAAGUGACAGUUACACUUCAACAAAGUCUUUUGAUCUUGUUGAUGCUCAGCUGAAUGGAAUCAUCACGUCUUCAGAGCCGUGCCCAAUGAGAACAUAAAUUCUGACUGCUCAUUGCUGAAAAGAUUGCUUGCUAUUUUUAUCCUGGUUGUUUUUUACUUUAAGAAAAAAGUUGAAUUCUCUCUGUCAAAAUCAACAGAAGAGUUAUUUAAAGGUAUGGCAAGAUACACAUUCACUUAAUGGAAUACAUACAAGAGUCUUUACAAUAACUCGAUGAAUUCCAGAAGUGGACUCAAUACUACACAGCAAUGUCAGUCAUGCUGGUAGAUAUAUCAAGCUAAAAAUGCAGAACUGAUUCAGAGGAAGAUUUCAAGAAAUGAAAAAAUCUCACCAAAAACACAAGGGAAGAGAAAAUACGAGGUGUGCAUGGAGCAAGUGGAGACAACAUUAGAGAAAGAAUGCAACACAAACCAGCUAAUGGAUUAGGAAAAAUCACAAUUAAUUUUGCAAGCUGAAGUCUCUCAGCCUACAGUUCCUGAGCCAUGAUGUACAAACUACCACUGUCCAACACAUCUUUGGUGGCAGCCCGCUGUCAACUGGCUGAGCAUUGUCUUUCUUGUCCCAGAUGCUACAUCACACUGAAAAUGUUGGUAAUGUAUGUCAGACUGAACCAAGCCUGUGCUAUCAUUGCUACAGAGGCUUUUACAGAACUGCAAUGAGAAAUUAAUCAGAUCAAAGAGCAGAGAAUAAAAAUUAUCUCACCCUUCUCUCCAUAUGGAGAUACAGAGUAUUCCAUGUUAAAAAAUAAAAAGAUUCCUGUGUCUGUUCAAAAAUUCGCAUAAGAAAGCUUGAGAGAUCAGCUGUAGACUAAACCAUGGCUGAUACAUCAGUCAAUACAGCAUUUAAAAAGAGUUCACAAAAGAAAAAAGUUAUUUUGAUUCCUGACUUAGAGAAAUUCCUGGCAAAAGAAGUAACUAUGCUCAACCCCCAAAUAACCAAACACCCAUCC